AUGGAGAAAAUGAACACAAAGAGAAGAAUAGUGUUAGUUCCAGCUCCAGGACAAGGUCAUGUAACUCCAAUGAUGCAACUGGGGAAAUUACUUGACUUGAAGGGAUUCUCAAUUACAGUUGUUCAGGGACACUUCAAUCAAGUAAGCUCUUCUUCUCAAAAAUUCCCUGGUUUUCAAAUUGUCACCAUACCGGAAAGCUUACAAGAGUCCGAGUUCGAGAGACUUGGACCAAUCGAGUUUCUGCUCAAACUCAAUAAAACUAGCAAGGCAAGCUUCAAGGACUGUAUUGGUCAUUUGAUGGUGCAACAUGGCAAUGAUAUUGCAUGUAUCAUCUACGACGAGUUCAUGUACUUUUCUGAAGCUGCAGCUAAGGAAUUCAAACUUCCUAGUGUCGUCAUCAACACUUCAAGUGCUACAAAUCAAGCUUGCCGUACCUUUUUAAGCAAAGUCAACGCUGAGAAGUUCUUGGCCAACAUGGAAGAUCCUCAAGCGCAAGACAAGGUGGUGGAAAAUUUGCACCCAUUAAGAUACAAAGAGCUACCGGUUUCCGAUAUGGGGCCAGUAGAGCGAGUUUUGGAUCUCUGCAAGGAUGUAGUCAAGGAAAGAAGAGCUUUCGCUGUUAUCAUCAACACGGUGAGCUGUCUAGAGAACUCUUCUUUGGCAUGGCUGGAUCAAGAACUUGGAAUUCCAGUGUACCCUUUAGGCCCUCUUCACAUUACAGCUCCACCACCAUCUAGUUUACGUGAAGAAGACAUGAGCUGCAUCGAAUGGCUGAACAAGCAGAAACCGAGGUCAGUCAUAUACAUAAGUUUAGGAAGCGUACUUUCCAUGAAAACGAAGGAGGUCUCGGAGAUGGCUUUGGGAUUGUGUGAUAGCAACCAACCUUUCUUAUGGGUCAUCCGACAAGGCUCGGAGCCAUUGCCAGAGGAAGUCAGUAAGAUGGUCUCAGAAAAAGGGUACAUUGUGAAAUGGGCACCACAGAUGGAAGUACUAGCACAUCCUGCAGUGGGAGGUUUCUGGAGCCAUUGUGGAUGGAACUCAACACUCGAGAGCGUUACUGAAGGAGUGCCAAUGAUUUGCAGGCCUUUUCACGGCGAGCAGAAGUUAAAUGCAAUCUAUAUAGAAAGUGUUUGGAAGAUAGGGAUUCAGAUUGAAGGUGAAGUUGAAAGAGGAGUUGUGGAGAGAGCUGUGAAGAGGUUGCUUGUGGAUGAAGAAAGUGCAAGUAUGAGGGAGAGAGCACUAGUUUUAAAAGAAAAGGUCAAAGCCUCUGUGAGAAACGGAGGCUCCUCGUACAAUGCAUUGGAUGAGUUUGUCAAGUACUUGGAGAAAGUGGAAUUAAGCUCAUGA